AAAUGUUAGUUUAUUAUUUAAAUAAAAAAUAUCAUGAAUCAAACCCAGACCCGAAUAAAACAAUCAAAUUAAUAGAUAUCGAUCACAUGUAUUUAUUAUGUACACUACCGAUAUAUUAUACCAUUUACUAUUUCUGUUAUUUUUUAUAAAAUAUAUUUUCAAUGAUUUUAUCAAUUUUCAGAUUUUAAAUCAACCAAAAAUAUAUCUAAUUAUUCAUCAAAAUCUGCCAAAAUCCGCCGUUAGCAUCUACACUUUUAGUUCGCACUUUUUCAAUUAUUUAAAGCUAAAUUCAUACGGGUUUGUCAUACAUGGAAGUCCAGAUAUACUUGAAGAAUAUUUAACGACACAUACAGGUUUUUCUUUAUUACUUUCCUAAUAAGUAAUAACUAUAGUAAUGAUUACCAAUCAUGUCAAUAUUUCGAAUCAAUCAAUUUAAAUACCAGAUUAUUAUCUAAUAUUUCUAAAUCGUUCCACUGAUAUACAGUGACAGCUCAUUAAACUAUAUAUCCAGACACCACACACACAUUGUGCUUCUCAACAUCUUAAGUAGAUGCAGGUCCAAGUUUCUAAACAAACACACUCAUCGAAUGCUCUCUCCCUCCCUCUUUCCAUCUCGCGUUGCUAAGUCAUGAAAGGACAGAACCAAAGCUCAACAUCUUCUUGUAACAUCCAUCCAAUAGAUUUUGUUGAAGGUGUGUGUCCUAUCUGUCUCAACGAGAGGCUGCUAGUCUUGGCUUAUUUACAGAGAAGACACGCUCCAUCUCCUUCUCCUUCCUACCAUACCAUCCAAGAACCGAAAAUCUAUUCCCAAAAAUCUUCCAAGAAGAAAAACAUCAGACUCUUCUCGUUCCUUGGCUCCUUCCAACUGCGACACCACAAUUCUGAUCAUCGAGCCAACUCCAUCAUCAGUCCAGAAGAUUCAUUCAUUUCGAUUAAUUUCGAAAACAACGGAACAACUUCAUGGGAAAAGGAAAAAGAAAGUUACCAGCUCGAACAUUCCACGGCUUCAUGUGAUCAUCAAUAUCAACAUAUCACGAAGAAGGAGAUUAUUCCUCGGCUAAUGCGACGGCCACUGUUGACGUGGAGCAAACGGAUUGGCCGACUCAUACACGUCAUCAGUUUCAGGAGGCGUUCUAGCGCCAAGGUUAAAGGUGAUGAUGGCUUGAGUAGAAGUUGCUUAAAGCCUUCGCCCCUCACAAAAAAAGAAAACGCAAAGUCUUGAAUCUUUUGUAUAAUCAUUUUGUUACAACUAUUAUCCUCUUUUUGCUCUAUUACAAUAUUUUGGCUUUUUUUCUAUUUGGGAACAAGAUGAAAGCAAUCAUAUUCAAUAUAAUUGUGUUCACUUUAAUUAUAAUGAUAUAGUGAAUACUCAAAUUUA